ACGGCCGCUCUGGCUGCAACGCUCGUUUCGGGCCAGACGUUUACUGCGUGUAAUCCAACAAAAGAGACUUGCCCAAAUCCCAAGGCUGUUGGCGGUAAGGUCAUCGAUAUCGAUUUCCGGAAGGGCGAGAACGCGUUCUUGGAGAACCUUGCAGGGACCAAGGUCACCUACGACAAGGACAAUGGCGCCAUCUUCACCAUCAACAAAGACAGUGAUGCCCCGACCAUGUCGAGCGGCGACAAGUACAUCUUCUUUGGCAGGAUCGAUGUCAAGGUCAGGGCCGCACCGGGGGCAGGAAUUGUUACUAGCUUCGUCCUUCAGUCGGACGACCUGGACGAGAUCGACUGGGAGUGGGUUGGAAGCGACACGGCUCAGGCCCAGACCAACUACUUCAGCAAAGGCUGCACCACAGUCUACGACCGUGGCGGCUUCUCGCCGAUCGCCAACCCGCAGUCCAACUUCAACACGUACUCGAUCGACUGGACCCCCACGAGGCUCAACUGGGAAAUCAAUGGCGUGGUGGUGCGGACACUGAACGCAGCUAAUGCUAACGGCUGCUCGGGCUACCCCCAGACGCCCAUGCAGAUCAAGCUGGGAACCUGGGUUGGAGGUCUCAAGACAGCCGCCCCGGGCACUAUUGAAUGGGCUGGCGGCCUGGCCAACUUUGCGAACGCCCCCUUCGUCGGCGCCUACGAGACCAUCCGCAUCCAGGACUACAUGGGUGGCGACGGCGUCACGGGCCCCAAGGACGCCAGCGAGUACCAGUACACGGACAAGAGUGGCACUUGGCAGAGCAUCAAGGUCUCGUCUACCACGGCUCCCGCCACCACUUCGACCAAAGGCACCACCUCGAGCUCCUCGACCCACUCUACGCUAACGACUGUCACUUCGUCGUCGCCGGUCUCCUCUUCGGUUUCAACCAGCUCCACUGACACCACCGUCUCCAACUCCAACACGCUCUCAGGGGCACAGACAACAGGAGCAGCGAAGAACGGCGCUUCCGCGCCACCGAGUGCGGCGGGCAAGGUUGCUCUGACGCUCGGAAACGCCGCUGUGAUGGGUGCGGCCAUCCUCGUUGGUGUUUUGGCGCUUUAA